GAGGAGAAGAGAGCCGGUAAUCGGCUUUCCGCAGAGGGGACAUGUACACUGAUCAUCAGGGCACUGAUGAUCAGUGUGCCCUGAUGAUCAGUGUGGCCCCAGAAGUGCCACCUGUCAGUGCUCAUCAGUACCACAUGCCAGUGCCCAUCAGUGCCACAUCAAUGCCACAUAUCAGUGCAUACCAGUGCACAUCAAUGCCACAUAUCAGUGCCAAUCUGAGCUGCCUUUCAAUGUCACCCAUCAGUGCCAGUCACUGCCACCUAUCAAUGCCAAUCAGUGCCACCUAUCAGUGCUGCCAAUCAGUGCCACCUAUCAAUGCCAGUCAGUGUCGCCUAUCAGUGCCAUGCCAGUCAGUGCCACCUAACAGUGCCAGUCAGUGCCGCCUAUCAGUGCCAGUCAGUGCUGCCUAUCAG